AUUCAGGAACGUAUCCAUCUCCCUCUCCAUUCUCAUGCAAGGCGGACGAUGAAUCUCCAACUCCGCAAAACUCAAAAAUAUUUCCCUAGAUCGAUCCCGCACUCAUCACUUGCUCUGACUUAUCGACCUGGAACUGUGGAAGAGGUCGCCAUUGAUCUGGCCUCCAGUCGCGGCUGGACUAUUUGCUACAUGCUCGCGCCUUCCCCCAGAGGAUGUCCGUUAUCCUUUCACACUUCCGCAAUGCAGCCCUUUCGUGCUCCAACGGCGGCCUGCGAUCGAGAAACAUCACCGCAUCGCUCAAAGUCGUGUACAGCUCUAUCUCGAUACCACGUCCUGUAGUACCUCCUAGGAGCCGACGUCCGGCCUGCUUCUUAGAGCGCUUUAACCCUACGUUUUUCUCGAAGGACCCCCAGUACCCGGAUAUCAGCACGCGACCAGAGGUAUCUCGUACCCGCAAUAAUGUCCCACGAGAUCUGGCAGACUUGAGACCCACCCCUCUCGAGCAGGUUGAGUAUGUUGAGGGUCCGGAAGAGACUGAAGAUGGCCGCAUCACGUCGUAUCAGAGGUUUCUGUACUGGCGUCGUCUAGGAAAGGCUUACUACAAAUUCUACCAAGAAGGUAUGCGGAAAGUGUCUGCAAACCAGAGAGAAAGAGAACAAAUCCUCAGCCGGUAUAAAAUAGCCCAGAAUUCCAUGGCAGACGUUACGGUGACCUACAUGGUUCUCUACCAACUAUAUGCGGGAGAGGGCAUGAGGCGACGGGCAUCGGACGAAGUACCGAAGUUGACAAGAAGAGAGUACAAUAUAUGCAUUCGCACCAUGGAGGAUGUGCGGAACUCGUGGCCAUUCUCUUUUAUCCUGUUCUUCUUUCGCGGGUUGACACCCCUAAUACAUCAAUUUAUCAGCCCGCUUAUACCGGGACCUUGCCGGCGAGAACAAGAUCAAUUGAGAGACAUGAAGAGACUUUUCAAGGGCUGGGAGUCCUUAGAGAGACGACUUAACGAGCAGGACGAGCUCUACGCUAAAAGCCGCACUGCCGCAUUUCAAGUAACAAGAAGACGUCACAUGCUAUACACCGCCGUCUUGAGAACAUCCAUCUUCAGCGGAUUUGCCAAGUACAUUCCCCCAAGUUUGACUUGGUUUGGCAUGCGUCUAUAUGGGAAGGGACUCAUCAGUCGCCACGAGCAGAUCCUGGCAGAUACUGUCCUCAUUAUGCGGGAGGGUGGCUUCAGCAAAUUGAGUACGGAAGAUGUCGUCGACUACUGCAUACGAAGUGGAUCAAUAGCGUUCUAUGAGUGGGCCAGGAAGGCGGUCGAAAGGGGCGAAAGUUACAAGCAUGCAUUCAUGGAAAGACACAUGGUGCCAAUUCUGGAACAGCACGCGAAGAAAAUGCUUGACUGUGACUGGCCAAGGUUGUCCACUGGAAGCCUCUGGAAGCAGGAAAUUGUUGUCCGGUUUUAUGAUCGCACGGCGCCUGACAGCUGGUUUUUCAACGCGCACAAAGCCCGCCGCUGAAGGCAGGGUCUUGCCCUGAGUCCAAUAGCCCACCGCGAGGCAUCUCCAGCAUUCGGUUGCGACGAGGAAACACUGUACACGACGUACAAUCGUGGCACUAGCGUGCCUGGAUGCUUGCCCGGCGUGGGUGCCCAUGACCGAAAGCGGGGCACUUCUCGAGCUUUGCAAGAAGACACUUGUGCCGGUACAACAGGAAUAGUUCAAGCGGCGUUCGCACAGAGU